GAGCAGCACUUUGACUAGGACCCAGAAACAAACCAGCAGCCAAUGAAGCUGUUGUGACGAGGGAAGAGGUUCGCAUGAUCCUAGUAGCCAGCCCCUGUCAGCAGUUUGGCUGUAGCAUUUUGCACUGCUUGACGUUCCCAAACCAUCUUCAGAGACAACUCCACAUGAGCCCAAAUGGGAGGUAAUCAAGAAAAAUAUGUCUGAAGUUGAUAAUGCAAUGGAGUCCUGGCUGACAGAUCAGAGUUUAGCAUUUCCGCUAGUUGCUGAAUAUGAUAAACAUUUGGAGGAAAUGAAUGGACAGCUGAAAUACUGUCAGAUGCAGAUGAAGGAAAUGAGAAUAAAGCUUGAACAGGUCAUCAAGGAGAACGAAAGAUUGCAUGAAGAAUUAAAAGAGGCUAUUGAAAAGCAGUUAGAGGCUCUGCCAUCUGGUUCCACUUCAGGAGAUGGUGCAUACAUAGAUGAAAAUCUUAUGAAAAAUCUCCAAGAACAGUUGCAAUUAGCAAAUAAAGAAAAGGAACAUGUACUGGAACUUUGGCAGACAGUAUCACUUGAAUUGGAGCGGCUUCAGCAUAAAUACCAGGAGCGCAUGACAGAGGCACAGAUACAUAUUGUUGAAGGGCGAAAACAAAAAGAUCAAUUGACAAGCUUUCAGCAACUAACAAGACAACUGCAUUUAGCCAAUGAAAAAAUGGAGUCAAUGAAUCAGGUAUUUCUGAAGACUGUCAGGGAACAGAAUGCAGAGCUCGAGCAUCUACGCAAGCAGCAGAGACAAUCCAAAGUGGAUUUGAGAACAGCAGUCUCCAAGGCUGAUGAAAUGACCAGACUUACUGAGGAUCUUAGGGCCCAGAUUGCCCGAAGGGAAGAAGAUGUAUUAGCCACUCAGAGGAGAGAGGACGCAUCUGAUAAACGUGUACAGCAAUUGCAAUCUAACAUAAAACAACUAGAGACAAGGCUUUGUCUUGUAACCAAAGAGUCUGAACAGCUAAGGACAGAAAGAACAACCCUAGAAAAACAAAUCCAGGAGCUACAAAAAAAAUGUGUAGAUUUAGAAAAGGAGAAAUACAAUGCUGUGGGAAAAGUCCGUGACAGCCUGCAACUCUUAGAAGAAGCUAAUCUACAAGCAAGUCAGGCAAUGAUAGCUCAGAAACAAAAAGAAGAGGAGAUUACAAAUAUGAAGGAGGGAUUUUCUCAGUUGGUACAAAAUGUUGCUUUGAGAACUAAAAAAGAAAUAGAAGAUGAAAAGAAAAGGCGUACCAUACAGAUUUCUCGAUUAAGCAAAGAAUGUACUGCACUCCAAUUGGAAUGUGGAGAAAAGCAAAGCCAAAUUGAGCGAGCUAUUAGAGAAAAGCGAGCAGUGGAAGAAGAGCUAGAAAAGAUAUACCGCGAAGGUAGAGGAAAUGAAGGUGACUACAGGAAACUAGAAGAACUUCACCAAAGAUGUCUGAUUGCUGAGCGUGCAAAAGAUGAUCUUCAGCUCAGUCUUCAGAAGGCGCAAAAUAAAAUCAAACAACAAGAAAUGAACUAUGAGGAAGAGAUAGGCCGUUGUCAGGAAAUGAUUCACAAUUUGCAAAGUAUUUUGGACUCCUCAAGACAGAACUGUGGCUCCAUUGGUGAAGAAUGUUUAAAACUGCAGCAAGAAAAUGAACAGUUUAAAAAAGAAAUGGAAGAUUUGAGAAGGUUGGCAACGGAGGCACAACAAACAGCAAAAUUAAAGAUAAGUACAAUGAAGAAUGAACAUUUAAUAAAAGAACACGGGUUUGAAGUUCGACUAAAAGAAAUGGAAGAUGUGAAUCAAAACUCUAUUGCUGAGCUGAGAGGCCUGUUGAUAGCACAACAGAAAGCAACUAACCGGUGGAAGGAGGAAACAAAGAAGCUAACGGAGAUUACAGAAGCCAGAAUGAAUAAUUUAAAAAGUGAGCUGAAUCGUCAAAAAAAUCACACCCAGGAGUUACUGUGUCAGCUGGAAAGAGCAAACACAAAAGUCAUUGAGAAUGAAAAAUUAAUGUUGGAACAUCAAGAAAAAGUUAGCAGACUUCAAAGUCGACUAAGCCAGGCAGAAGAGAGGGCAGCUACAGCAACUCAACAGCUCAGUGCACUUAGCAUGCAGAAGAAAAAAGCUGCCUCCUUGUUGGAACUGGAAAAUAUUUAAAAGUAAUGCACUGUUUUUCUCUACUGUACUGCUUGUAAAGUGAGACGGCUGAAAAGCAAAUUAGAAACAUUGCAACUGAUCAUGUAGAAUGACUUGUAAUUUUUUACAGUUCUUUGCUUGAACAAAGAAGCAUUUUGAGACUUAUGUGCAAUACACAUUAUAAUGGAUAACACUAAAAAUUACCAGGACUAAAUAUCAAAGCCAUAUGGAAUUUCCCUUUGUGUAUAAAAAUAAAUGUUGUCAGUUUUAUGAUUUCA